AUGGCAAGUGCUAGCAUUUUGAGCUCUGCACCUGAAGUGGGUAGCUGGGCUGAAGAAGUUCAAGAAAAUGCUCAAUCACAAGUUGAUAAAGAUGGUAUUAGAACUGUUGUUGAUUAUGUAACUGAAGACGAUGGAACACGCUAUAAGAUCGUUACGAAGUUCCAAAUUAUUCAAAAGAAGGUUCCCCGAGUUGUUGCCGAUAGAAAAAAAUGGAAGAAGUUUGGAGAAAGUGAAAGAGAUCCACCUGGACCACAAGUCUCCACCACAUAUGUUGCCGAAGAAGUUGAGAUGCAGUUUACCAGAAAUCGUGCUGGUGAACAAAUUUUGGACGUACAAGAAGAUAAACAGAUUAUCAAAGCUACCAAUAGAGAGCAUUGUCGUUACUGUAAAGGAAACGACCAUUGGUCUACAAGUUGUCCAUACAAGGAAAUGUACAAUAUGGAAGAUGAGACAGAUACCACAGAUGAAAAGACAGCUUUCGGAAGCAAAAGUAUUGGCAACGCUCGUGGGGAUCUUCGUGGAAACAUGGAUCGAAGAUCUGAUGAGAAUACUUGCCGUGUUACUAAUAUGCCUCAAGAGCUUGAGGAAGCCGAGCUUCGUGAAAUGUUCUCCGCUAUCGGAAAAGUUGUGCGUGUAUUCAUUGCUCGCGAUAAACUUACCAACCAACCUAAAGGAUUUGCUUUCGUCACAUAUGAUAGCCGCCAGGAUGCCGAACGGGCUAUUGCUGAAUUGAAUGGAAAGCCUAAAUAUCACAUGAUUCUCAAAGUUGAAUGGACAAGACCUAAUAGUUAA